AUGGAGCCAGAAGGGACUGUCAACAGGACGUACACUCUUCAUGACAUACAUCCCUGCUAUGAGUCAGAUAAUGGAACUUACAUAUUUACAAGCAGCCCUUCAAUAAUAUGUGUAUUAUUAUAUGUUUUCCUCGGCUCAUUGUCUGUUGUCACAGUAUGUGGAAAUCUUCUUGUGAUAAUCUCCAUCGUUUAUUUCAAACAGCUCCAUGUCCCUACUAACUACCUCAUCCUGUCUCUGUCUGUGGCUGACCUGCUUGUAGGAGUUUUGGUUUUUCCUUCCAGCAUGGCAGUCACUGUAACCUCAUGUUGGUAUCAUGAAGGUUUAUUUUACAGAUAUUAUGCAGUGUGUCAGCCUCUCGCUUAUGGAAGCAAAAUAAAUGAUCAUGCUAUCGGGAUUAUGAUCCUGCUGAGCUGGGGAGUUGCUGCUCUAAUUGGAAUUGGCAUCAUAAUUGCAGGGUUUAAUCAAGGAAAAUGUGAAGAGAGCUGUUCAAGUGAUGCUCUCAUAUCAACCACUCUGGCAUGUAUUUUCUCAUUUUACAUCCCAGUCAUAAUAAUGCUCUGUAUCUACCUGAAGAUUUUCAUUGUUGCACAGAGACAGGUGCGCAGCAUCCAGAACACAACCUGUCAGAGCACAAAGUCUGGAGCAGCUGUCAGUAAAAUGGAGAGAAAGGCCACCAAAACUCUGGCUAUAGUUAUGGGAGUUUUUCUCUUAUGUUGGACUCCUUUCUUCCUUUGCAUGAUCUUUCAGCCUUUAACAUAUGAUGUAACACCAGUUGCUGUGAUUGAAACCCUUAACUGGCUUGCACUGUCAAACUCAAUGCUCAACCCAUUUAUUUAUGCUUUCUUUUACAGCUGGUUCAGAUCAGCUUUUAGAAUGAUCAUUUCUGGUAAACUAUUUCAAGACCUGCAGCCCCAGCUUCUCCUCCAUAACUCCUGCGGGGCCACAGGUCUGUCUCCGGGCAGCAGCACAGGUUUACACAGCGCAAUCAGGGAGUAG